UUGUAGUGGUGAGCCGUGCGAAGCGGACCAGGCGGCGGAUAGUCCACCGAGCAUUUUCUGUCUGCGUAUACGUCAUCAACGCAGCGACUCCAGAAGCGGCAAACUCGAAGCGCGCAAGCGCGAAGGACUUCCGUGGUGCGACGAAAGGCGGCUCCUCAACGAGCCGGGAUAUCCGCCAAUGACUCUACGAGAAGACUGAAGUCACUGCGCAUACAAGCACUAAGAAAAUGAGAUACUUCCGGGCACUGCUGUUAGCCGGGUUCACCGUGACUACUGCCGCCCUGCUUCUUUACUGGAAUUUGAACGAACGACACGCUAGCCAACCACUUUUCACGCCAUCAGAUUUAGUUUGGACACCGGCAAAAGAAAGUGGCGAAGAAAACAAAGAACCCACGAACAGCGGAGAAGAUCACAUGUGGUUCCUCGAAACAUCGAAUAAAACGAGACUCACCGCAAGAGAAGCCUGCAGCAUCGAGUCAGCUUGCCGGCACAGCGGCCAUUACACGGUGCAUUUGCUUUCUACAGGAAAUAUCAGCUCACGCGAAUGUCAAUACCUUCGCCUGCUUUCAAGAUUACCGAAUUUUCGAUUCUCGGGACUGAACGCGAGCGCAGAACUUGCGGGGACUCCGUUGGCGCCAUUGUACGCGGUAGGAGGAGCGCUACAUCGAAGCCCACAUGUUGUGGCACAUCUCAGUGAUUUUCUACGGUACGUCGUGCUUUGGAAGCGCGGCGGUGUUUACUUAGACACUGACGUGAUCGUGAUGAGGUCACUGAAAGGAAUAAGGAAUAGCGUGUUCUACCAGUCGAGAGCUCAAGACGAUGCCGUGGCAAACGGCAUACUCUUCUUUGACAAGCAGCACCCCGUCCUCGGGGCCCUUAUUGGUAAGUGCGCGCGUGUAUAUAGUCCUGAGAAGUGGACCUCGUGCGGUCCUGCAUUGGUAUCGCCGCUCGCUCUUGACGCCGAAUUUUCACACCGCCUCAAUUUCAUUGAUGAGUCGGCAUUCUUCGCUGUUCCAUAUGAAAAGUGGGAGACCUUGUUCAAUCCAAAAAGUGCGCCUGAAGUGCUGAGAGCAAUAAACAGUAGCUACGGUGUCCACUUCUGGAACAAACUUAGCAAAAACACACGAGUGGUGACAGGAUCUCGCUCAGCUAUGGACGUUCUCGCUCAUACCCGUUGCCCCGACGUGUAUAGGCUAGCCUCUCUUCAGGGCUACUUCUGAAUACUUGCUGUCCCGAUGUGCUACUGAUCAAUGAAUCAAAUCAAAUCAAAUCAAAUCAAUGAAUGAUCAAAGAAACAUCCCAACAUUUUACUUCGUACAAAGAGCAGCCACAAGUGCUCGCACUCCGUAUAGUGCCUGGAAUAUACCAAGCCUAUUCUAGGCACGAUAGAAUCCGUGCCAGAACAGCAUCACCCAUUGUAACUCAUGUGAGCAAGCAGCUGACAACUUCGGGUCGAAUAUACGCUGUAAGGUGCUUCACUGUACUCCGCUUCGUAAAACCAUGCAAUGCUGUGGAGGCUGACGAGAUUUUCUGUAGUAGCUCUGUUUCGAAAAAGAAAUCAUUGCUUGUGCUUGCCAGAAAUUACGUGAAAUUUUUAUUUCUUACCUGAAGCUAUAACUGAAGAACAUUGUUCACCAUAAAGAAACAGUAUUGUGUAGUUGUCAGUACUUCCUUUUUUUUUUCAAACCUAAUCAUCGUUGUGUUUCUUUUUCUGGGUUCCUCACUCGCAGCCCGACGCGCUGCCUUAGACACAGGCUAGUGAUGGACUAGCGCGACGAUUUGCAAGUAUGAAAGCUCACCAGACCCGCGCGGCGUUGCACAUUUCGCUCACCGAAGUUCUUGCACAGCUUCCGCAGUUUUGCGCGUUAUGUAUGGAACGCAGUGCAGUGAGCCCAUAACGAUAUUGCGCUUAGAAUGCCCGCCUUCCUAGAGUGUGCCUGAGAGAUAUUUAAUUAAGUUAUUAUGAGUGGUUCUUUUUUGUGCAUCCUGUUCACUGCUAUUCAUGCCAACUUUGCAUUUCUGUAAUGGAUAUGUUCAGACGUAGCACUUGCUGAAAUGUCAUGGGAUUUCAUAAUGACGUUCGAUCCAAUUCACAUUCUAGUCAGAUGUAUACAGAAGUGCCCUAAAUGAUACGAGAUUUAUGCUCGAUUGCAAUCACGGGGGAGCAGCGCAGCCAAUUGGAGAAGCGAAUGAAGUAGAUCCGUUAGUCGGGAGAGGUGAAGUUGUCUGUGAUGUUUCACCGUAACGAACGUUAACCAACCAGCUCCGGACCCUUCUUAUGUCCGGGGCUUGCAUUACAUCUUUGUGGUGGUAUGACAGUUUAUCUAAAUAAUCGGAGGGAACGAAAUUUGUAGCCUUGGACUUUUAGAAAAUAUUUAAUAAAAUAACGGGAGAAAGAAAUCUACCUUUUAUCAAGCUAUCAUGUUUAGAAAGACGUGCCCCCUACCUCCCCGCUCUACAAAAAAACCCGGA